CUCGGUGCAGUCAGCCACCACCACCAUCCUGCAACCUCUGCGCCAUCUCCAUCGCCGCUUCACCAUGUCUGCGUCCCGACCGACCUUGCGUAUCCGGGGUGCGGAUGACAUGCACCACCACUUGCGUGACGGUGCGGCCCUCGCGCUCACGGUGCCCCAAGCGGCUGCUCAGUUCCGCAGGGCAAUCGCCAUGCCCAACCUUGUGCCCCCGGUCACGACUACCGCCUUGGCCAUUGCGUAUCGCGAGCGCAUUCUCAAGCACGUGCCUGCGGGUCGUUCGUUUGAACCGUUGAUGACUCUGUACAUGACGGACGGCACGACCCCCGCGAUCAUCCGCGAGGCGAAAGCGUCCGGCGUGGUGUUCGCCGUCAAGUACUACCCUGCGGGAGCAACAACCAACUCGGAUUCUGGUGUGACCAAGAUCGAGAAUAUUUACCCCGCGCUGGAAGCAAUGGCGGAAGUCGGGAUGCCGCUUCUCGUGCACGGAGAAGUGACCGACCAGACCGUUGACAUCUUCGAUCGCGAGGCCGUGUUCAUUCACACUGUGCUCGUCCCCUUGAUCGCUCGCUUCCCCGCGUUGAAGAUCGUCAUGGAACACAUCACGACGGCAGACGCGGUCGCGUUUGUAGCACAGGCGCCGGCCAACGUAGCCGCCACCAUUACGUGCCACCAUCUCCUAUACAACCGCAACGCCAUCUUUCAAGGCGGCCUGCGACCGCAUAAGUACUGCCUCCCUGUGCUCAAGCGCGAAACCCACCGCCAGGCGUUGCUCGAGGCGGUUAAGAGCGGCAACCCCAAGUUUUUCUUGGGAACAGACAGCGCGCCGCACAUUGUGGACAAGAAGCACUCGAGCUGCGGAUGCGCGGGGAUCCACACGGCCCAUGCCGCGCUGGAACUGUACGCGGAAGCGUUUGAAGCCGUGGGCAGCUUGGAUAAGUUUGAAGCCUUUUGCAGCGUGCAUGGUGCGACCUUCUACGACCUUCCUCUCAAUGAAGGCCCGCCCGUGGAACUCGUCCCGACGACGUGGACCGUGCCCGCAUCGUACCCGUUCGAAUCGAGCCAAGUCGUGCCACUCCGCGCCGGGGAGACCAUUUCGUGGAAGAAACUAGACAACUAGAGGGGCUACCAUGCCGCCAGGCUGCGGAAACCUGCACGUUUUGCAGCAGAGGUGUCCACUAAACAUCUACCACAGCAGCACUUGUUGCGGUGGGCAUUGGAUUGCACCCACAGGAUGCGGGCAGUUUGCUUUCGGCGUCUUUCAUAUCAAAGAAGGGAGUUUUGUGAUGGACAAACUGCGACGUCGAACUCAA